ACGGGCCCGGCGGCGGCGGCGGCGGCGCCGUCGUCAUGGACCUGGAGGAGGCGAAAGAGUUUAAAGAAAGAUGCACUCAGUGUGCUGCUGUCUCUUGGGGUCUUACUGAUGAAGGCAAAUAUUACUGUACUUCUUGCCACAACGUUACAGAAAGAUCUAAGGAAGUCAUAAACACUGGGGCUAUCCCUAAUACUAAAAUACAAGCCAUCAGCCGGGGACUUAAAAGAAAAAGAAAACUUGAGAAAGGCUGGGAUUGGUAUGUGUGUGAAGGUUUUCAGCAGAUACUUUAUCAACAAGCAGAAGCCUUAAAGACCCUUGGAGUAGGCCCAGAAUUAAAGGAUGAAGUUUUACAUAAUUUUUGGAAGCGCUACCUUCAGAAGAGCAAGCAGGCAUAUUGUAAAAACCCAGUUUAUACCAGUGGAAGAAAAGCUACGGUAUUAGAAGAUAACCCAAGUCAUUCAGACUGGGAUAGUGAGCCUGACCUGCUGAGUGACUUUAGCUGCCGUUCUUUUGUUGAAAGUGGAACAGACUCUCAGCCUGAUGGCCGCACUCAGAAGCCUUUCCCCAUCAGCAAAGCAUCACAAUCAGAAACAGCAUCCAUCUGUUCUGGAUCUCUCGAUGGAGUCGAAUAUUCACUACGAAAGGAGAAGGGAAUCGUGAAGAUGACGGUGCCAAGGACACUUGCUUUCUGCUAUCUGUCAUUACUGUGGCAGAGAGAAACAAUUACUCUUUCAGAUCUUUUGAGAUUCGUUGAAGAGGGCCAUAUUCCUUACUUAAAUGCUUUUCAGCAUUUUCCAGAAGAGAUGAAAUUAUAUGGGCGUGACAAAGGAAUCUUUGCUAUAGAGUCUUGGCCUGCCUAUGAGGAUAUCUAUAAAAAAAUGAUUGAAAUUGCCAAAUUCUUAGAUUUGCCACGUUUUCCAGACAUAACUGAAGACUGCUAUCUUCAUCCAAACAUCUUGUGUAUGAAAUACUUGAUGGAAGUCAAUCUCCCUGAUGAAAUGAAUGAUUUAACCUGCCAAGUGGUAAAAAUGACUGGAAUAGGAGAAGUGGAUUUUCUGACAUUUGAUCCCAUAGCUAAAAUGGCAAAAACAGUUAAAUAUGAUGUGCAAGCUGUCGCUGUCAUUGUAGUAGUAUUGAAACUGCUCUUUUUAUUGGAUGACAAUUUAGAAUGGACUUUGUCUAAUAUUGCUGAGAAAUACAAUGAAAAGAACAAAGAAGAUAAACCCUGGUUUGAUUUCAGAAAAUGGUACCAAGUGAUGAAGAAAUCUGUUGAUGAGAAAAAACAAAAGUGGGAGGAAGCCAGGGCAAAGUAUAUGUGGAAAAGCGAAAAGCCACUCUACCACUCAUCCAUUGACAGAGCAGUGGUAUAUAAAAGAAGAGAAAUGGUGGUGAGUCUACAAAAACAAUUUAGCACACUGGUUGAUUCAGCACCAACUGUUGAAAAGAAAAGUCCUUCAAGUUUUCAGUUCAACUGGACUGAAGGAGACUCUGCUAGAACCUGUUUCCAUGGACAUGGCCUCCAGGGGAUCCUGAAGAAGAAAGACCAGUCACUGACAACCAAGAAUUCGCUAUAUUGGCUUAGUACACAGAAAUUCUGUAGAAGCUAUUGUAAACAUGUGACAACCUAUGAAGAAUCUAAUUUUUCGCUGAGUUAUCAGUUCAUAAUAAAUCUCUUCUCCUUCCUGCUGAGAAUAAAGACCUCUUCCCUCCAUGAAGAAGUGAGCUUAAUUGAAAAGAGACUUUUUAAAACAAAAUAUAGUAAAACGAAAAAGAAAUCAAGAUCCAGGAAAGGGAGAAAAUACUGAGAAAAAUGAAAUAGAAACUUUCUUGGGAAAAUAGUUUAAUAGUGAUAAUAAUGUCAAAUUAUAAUAUUCCAGAGAAUUAUGGGAAAUAGAAUUUGAUUAUAUAUCCACACAUACAUAGAUACAUAUAUAUGUAUCAAAUGUGCUUAUAAAAAUGUGUAUUGGAAAGUAAGUGAAUUGUGUUUGAAUGUAUUUUUUAAAUUAUGAAUAUUCUUUGAGAAGAUUAAACAGUAAGUUUUAUAAAUGG